CGUUAUUUCCCGGAUCUUUACGCGGAUGGAGGAGUAAAAUAAUUGACAAUAAACAUCAAUCUUAUGUCUCCAACAAAGUACAGCCCGUUUGUGCAGCAGUUUGAGGCAACAAACUAUCAAUGAUAGUUAUCUCCGGAAGGCGUCGUGUGAAGAUUUGCAGUCGCUGACAGCUGUCUCUUUCGGGGGAAAUGGAGCAUAUCCGAACGCCAAAGGUGGAGCAGGUGCGACUGUUAGAUCGCUUCAGCAACAAAUUCACAAGUGGUACACUGUACCUCACAGCCACACAUCUCAUCUUUGUGGAGAGCAGCUCCAACAACUCGACAUCUGCCGCACAGGAGAUCUGGAUCUUGCAUCACCACAUAGCGUCUGUGGAGAAGCUCUCCCUGACCACCACCGGCUGUCCUCUGGUCAUCCAGUGUCGCAACUUCAGGCUGGUUCAUUUUGUGGUGCAGAGAGAAAGAGACUGCCACGACAUCUACAGCUCGCUGCUGCGUCUUCUACGGCCUGUAUCCUACGAGGAGCUCUAUGCCUUCUCCUACAACCCCAAACAGAACGACCAACAGAGGGAGGAAGGAUGGCAGCUCAUCGACCUGGGGGCGGAAUUUGAGAGGAUGGGCGUCCCCUGCGACCAAUGGCAGCUCACAAACGUCAACAGAGACUACAAGGUGUGUGAGACAUACCCACGGGACCUGUAUGUUCCCAUCACUGCCAGUAAGCCUAUCAUUGUGGGGAGCUCCAAGUUCAGAAGCAAAGGACGCUUUCCUGUUCUCACAUACUUCUACCAAGAAAAGAAGGCGGCAGUGUGUCGAUGCAGUCAGCCUCUCUCCGGGUUCAGCGCGCGAUGCCUAGAGGAUGAGAGCAUGCUGCAGGCCAUCUGCAAGGCCAAUCACAACAGCCGAUUUGUCUACGUCAUGGAUACUAGGCCAAAGUUGAACGCGCUAGCUAAUCGAGCAGCAGGCAAAGGCUACGAGAACGAGGACAACUACUCCAACAUCCGCUUCCAGUUUGUUGGAAUCGAAAACAUCCACGUGAUGAGGACCAGCCUGCAGAAAAUGCUAGAAUUGGCUGGGACUCGCUCUCUCUCCAUGAGCGACUUCCUGGUUGGCCUGGAGAGCAGCGGCUGGCUGCGGCACAUCAAGGCGAUUGUAGACGCAGCUAUCUUUCUCACCAAGGCGGUGACAGUGGAAGGAGCCAGUGUGUUGGUCCAUUGUUCAGACGGGUGGGACAGAACCGCCCAGGUCUGCUCCCUGGGGGCGCUGCUCAUGGACCCCUACUACCGCACCAUGAAGGGCCUCAUGGUACUGAUAGAGAAAGACUGGAUCUCCUUUGGCCACAAGUUUGCAGACAGGUGUGACCAGUUGGACGGGGAUCCAAAAGAAGUGUCUCCUAUCUUCACUCAGUUCCUGGAGUGUGUGUGGCAGCUGACAGAGCAGUUCCCACAGGCAUUUGAGUUCAGCGAGUGGUUCCUGCUGCAGAUCCACGAGCACAUCCACUCCUGUCAGUAUGGAAACUUCCUUGGAAACAAUCAGAGGCAGAGAGAGGACUUGAAGCUGAGGGAGCGGACCCACUCUCUGUGGGCGUUUCUAAUGAGCGAGAGGGAGAACUACUUGAAUCCGUUCUACAGCCCUGCAUACUCUAAAGCCCACCCUGUGCUGCAGCCCUCCACUCUGCCCUACCACUUCAAGUUCUGGAGGAACAUGUACCACCAGUUUGAUCGGUCUAUGCACCCCCGUCAGUCGAUCCUCAAAACCGUUCUGAACCUGAGAGAGGAAGGCCGCAAGGCAGAGAGCGCACUGCAAGCGCUGGAGAAUCGGCUCCUUCAGCUCGGUGUGACCCCCGUUGUGACCUCUGACCCCCCAGCACCUCCUCCCACCAGAGAUCAACACUGCAACACCCUCCCGGCGCGGCCCGAUUCACUCAUCCUGGGGGCUCCCAUCAACCACAAAGAGGUGGAGCGACAGGAGGAGGAGUUCGAUCAGGAGGAGGUGGGCGAGGAGGCCACAGAGAGCACUGACACAGAGCGGUCAGUGGAGGGCAGCAGCGGCACCGACAGCAGGAAGCAGAGCUACGGAGAGCUGGAUGGGACAUACAGCAGCGAGUUGGCCAAAGAGGAGCCAGCUGCUGUGAGCCUGGAGUUUGGAGUGGCGCGUAUGACCUGCUGAGACUAAACUGGGGGGGGAUUGUGGGAUAUCAAGGGACGGGAGCAACUGAGUGAGAGGGCUUAUUGAAAGCGUGUGCGUGGCGAGGGAAAAAGUAGUUCUGUAUUUGAUAACGCGCUGAUUAGGCAAUGGUCCUAAAUGGUCCAUUGGGAGUGAAUGAAGUUGUAUGUGUGUAUAGUCUAAAUCUCAAUGGAAAGCGUCAUUAUGUCAUAUACUGCACCUAUAGAAAAAAAGCUUGUUUUUUUAUGAAUGUUAAAAAGCACUAUAGAGAAUAAUGAAUAAGAGAAUAAAUUCAUCCCAAUAAAAUUG